AUGGAUGAAGCUCACUCAUAUGAUGAUAUUGAUGGAUUGUUGAAUGAUACCUUUAGAGAUAUUGCACAAGAUGAAGGAGCUUAUGAAGGCCCAAAUGAAGACGCCCAAAAAUUUUAUAAUUUAGUUGAUGAGGCAAGCCAAGAAAUAUAUCCAGGUUGUAAAGGUUUCUCUAAAUUAUCAUUCACAAUUCGUUUAUACUUGUUGAAGUGUCUCCAUGGAUGGAGCAAUGCUUCUUUUACUUCUCUCUUGGAGUUAUUGAAAGAAGCGAUUCCUGAGUUGAACAUUCCUGAAUCUUAUAAUAAAGCCAAGGCCGUGGUAAGGGAUUUAGGUCUUGACUAUAAAAAGAUUGAUGCUUGUCCUAAUGAUUGUAUGUUAUUUAGAGGUGACCAUAAAGAUGAUGAGUAUUGCCAUGUUUGUGGAGCUUCUCGAUUUGUUGAACAUCCUGAAUUAGAUAGUGAGCUUGAGUCUUCUAAGAAACCUCAUCGUGUUCCUAUUAAAAUUUUACACUUUCCGUUGAUUCCUAGACUCAAAAGGCUAUUUAUGAGCUCAAAAACAGCAAAAUCAUUAAGAUGGCAUGAUGAGCAACGUUCUAAAGAUGGAAAGUUAAGGCAUCCUGCUGAUGGACAAGCAUGGAAAGAAUUUGAUAACAUGCAUCAAGAAUUUGCAAAAGACUCUCGUAAUUUGAGACUUGGCUUAGCAAGUGAUGGAUUCAAUCCAUUUCGAACCAUGAGCAUAUCUAACAGCACAUGGCCAGUUAUGUCAAUGGUGUAUAAUUUACCUCCAUGGAUGUGCAUGAAAUCAGAAUACCUUAUGCUUUCUUUGCUUAUACCUGGACCGCGAUCACCUGGAAAUGAUAUUGACAUUUAUCUACAACCAUUAAUAGAAGACUUGAAGGAGUUGUGGGAGUUCGGGGUAGAAACAUAUGAUGCUUCAAGAAAUCAAACUUUUCAAAUGCGAGCAGCUCUUUUGUGGACAAUUAAUGACUUUCCUGCAUAUGCAAUGUUGUCUAGUUGGAGUACAAAAGGAAAGUUGGCUUGCCCUUGUUGUAAUUAUGGCACUAACUCAUUCUAUCUAAAACAUAGUCGAAAAAUUUGUUAUAUGAGCCACCGUGUUUUUCUACCUAUGGAUCAUCCGUGGAGAUCUGACAAAAAGUCUUUUAAUGGAAAGACAGAAUUCAGGUCUCCUCCUCCUUUAUUGCAGGGAACAGAUCUGCUUAAUAGCCUACAGAAUGUUGAAAAUGUAUUUGGAAAAGUGCAAAAGAAAUCAAAUAAUGGCCCAUGGAAGAAACGAUCAAUCUUUUUUGAAUUGCCAUACUGGCAACACAAUUUAUUGCGUCAUAACCUUGAUGUAAUGCACAUAGAGAAGAAUAUAGUCGAUAGUAUAAUUGGAACACUUUUGGAUAUUUCUGGCAAGACGAAGGAUCAUCCAAAUGCUCGUUAUGACCUCAAAGAGAUGGGCAUUAGGAAGAGCCUUCAACCAAAAGAUACAAAGGAUGGUAGGAAAGUAAAGCUUCCAACAGCGUGCUUUUCAAUGUCUAAGGGAGAAAAGUCUAUUUUUUGUGGUGUUCUCAAAAAGGCAAAGCUGCCUGACGGUAGUGCUUCUAAUAUUUCUGGAUGUGUGAAGCUAGCUGAAAGAAAAAUAUCUAAUUAUAAGACUCAUGAUGCACAUUUCAUGUUACAUUACCUGCUGCCUAUACCUAUUAAAAGCAUAUUUCGUGAUCAUGUUGCUAUUCCUUUGAUUCGUUUAAGUUCCUUCUUCCGUCGUUUAUGUCAAAAAGUUAUUACAUUGGAAGAGCUGGAUCGUUUAGAACUAGAAAUUAAAGAAACAUUGUGUCAGUUGGAGAGAAUUUUCCCCCCUAGCUUUUUUGAUAUAAUGAUUCAUUUGUCUGUUCAUUUGGCGAAUGAGGUAAGAUUAGGAGGUCCUGUACAACUUCGAUGGAUGUAUUCUCCUGAAAGAGAAAUGGGCACUUUUAAGUCAUAUGUUCGUAACAGAAGGCAUCCAGAAGGAUGUAUUGCAGAGGCACGUCGGGUUACAGACUGUUUGAAUUCAUGCUCUAGAUAUUUUCAUGAGGAUGUACAAACUAAAUUUAACAGAAGACCCCGAAAUGAUGAUGAGUGUGGAUCACCAGAUGUGCAAACUUCUAACUUGUUUCCUAAUAGAGGUUGUCCAUUAGGUGGAAAAAAGGGCGAGCCAACCUUUCUUGAUAACAAGUCACGACAUCAAGCACAUGGAUAUAUACUGAACAAUUGUGAUGAAGUUCUAGAAUAUAUUAGAGAGCAUGAACUUGAGGUUAGUAAUCAGGGAAAAGGAUCUAAAUGGAGUAAGGCAAAAAAUCAUAGUCAAAGCUUCUCUCAAUGGUUUGAAGCUCGUGUUAUGCAUGAGGAUGUGUCAGGUUUGAUAAAACAGUUAUCGAGAGGGCCCAAUUCAGUUGCUAAAAGAUAUGCAGGGUAUAUUAUAAAUGGGUAUAGAUUUCAUACAAGGCGACGUGAAGCAAAGCGUAAAACACAAAAUAGUGGUGUUACAUUAGUUGCUUUAACUACGAGUUUUGCAAGCUCUAAGGAUAAAAAUCCGAUUGAUGCAAAUCUAACUUAUUAUGGUAAAAUAGUUGAUAUCCUUGAGUUGGAUUACUAUAACCAUUUUAAAGUUGUCCUAUUUAAGUGUGAAUGGUAUGAGGCUAAAGAGGAUAUUUAUGGCUUUACUUAUGUCUACUUCAACAGAAGGUGCUCUCAGGAAGAGCCUUUUAUAUUAGCAUCUCAAGCUCAUCAAUGUUUUUAUGUGAAGGAUCCAUAUGAUGAUGAUAAGCAUUAUGUUAUGAAAACAGUCCCAAGAGACUUAUUUAGUAUGAGUGAUGAAGCCGAAUCUGAUGUCCCCCAAAGUUAUAUAAAUGAGCCAUAUGACCAUUCAAUGGGCCCUUCUAUACCUGAAGAUAAAGGUGAAGUUGACUUAGUGAGGAGUGAUAUACCAGCCACAGUUAUUAAGGUGUAUCCACAUGAAUUUGUUGCUGAAGAACCUGAACCUGAACAUGAAUCUGAGGAUGAGGAUGAGUUCGAUAUUGAGGAUACAUCAUAA